AUGAGGAGAUGUCCCAACACCUCGGUUGCAAUUGUCAUUGCCCCGAUCUUGAUAUGCGCUUCGGGGGUCUUGGCCCAGGAUUUUGUAAACGAUUAUGCUAGUUGCAGCGGGAAACACCAGAGUCCCACUGCUACCGACAUGAUCUAUGCCGUGGAAAAGGACUUUCCCAAGCUGGAGUUAUUUAAUUUCAACACCACGCCCAAGGCUUUGCAAAUGUCGAAUAAUGGACACACGGUGCUGGUAAAAAUGAGUUUCGACGAGGACAAAGUGCCAACUGUGAGGGGAGGUCCUUUGGCGGAGGAAGCUCCUUUGGGCUACCAGUUCGAGCAGUUCCACUUUCACUGGGGCGACAACGAUACUAUAGUCAGUGAUGAUGUGAUCUAUACCCAAGCUUCUCCAUUCGAGCUCCAUGUGGUACUUCGGAAUCUAAAAUAUCCUGACUUUGCUAGCGCUCUAGAUAAAGAUCACGGCAUUGCCGUUAUGGCCUUCUUCUUUCAGAUUGGCUUCGUUUCAACUGGUGGUUAUGAGGGCUUCACGGACUUGUUCGCCCAGAUUGAUCGGAAAGGCAAAACCGCGAACAUGACCAACCCACUUCCUCUGGCAGAAUACAUUUCAAAGCAUUUGGAAAUUUACUUUAGCUUCAGAGAUUCUUUAGCCAUUCCACCUUGUGGUGAGGAGGUUACCUGGAUAUAUUUCAUAUAUACCAUUUAUAUUACGGAAAAGCAGCUAAAGUCUUUUCGCCUGCUGACAGCAAACGAUGAUCAUCUGAAGAAAAAUUUGCACCCCAGCCAGACAUUCGACGGUCGCACCUUGUACAAAAACAAAGAAGAUCCGGAAGGAAAAUAUAGCGUACCCAAAGCAAUUAGCCUGAGUAUGGCACGGAUCGGGCAGAUCGCUUCCCUGGGCACCAACUCGAUUACCAGCAAAGGGACAGAAGCAUUCACUGGGUGA